CAAUGCAUAUUUGCAAAAGGAUUAAGCCACAGAUUUAAGCGCCGGGAGCCCAUUUCUGCCUUGCAAAGGAGACCGGACUGAAAAGCCAAAAGCCAGCUCUGAUUUCUUUUCGUCAAGUGGGAAGGAUCUGAAGCCAGCUUGAAGGAUAAAAAGCCUUGGUGCUGCCCAGGAGCCGAGCCGAGGAGAAGAGGAAGAGCCGGGGGCCGCCGUUGCCUUUGGAGAUGGACGAACAGCCCAGGCUGAUGCAUUCCCAUGCUGGGGUCGGGAUGGCCGGACACCCCGGCCUGUCCCAGCACUUGCAGGAUGGGGCCGGAGGGACCGAGGGGGAGGGCGGGAGGAAGCAGGACAUUGGAGACAUUUUACAGCAAAUUAUGACCAUCACAGACCAGAGUUUGGAUGAGGCGCAGGCCAGAAAACAUGCUUUAAACUGCCACAGAAUGAAGCCUGCCUUGUUUAAUGUGUUGUGUGAAAUCAAAGAAAAAACAGUGUUGAGUAUCCGGGGAGCCCAGGAGGAGGAGCCGACAGACCCCCAGCUGAUGCGACUGGACAACAUGCUGCUGGCCGAGGGGGUGGCGGGCCCCGAGAAGGGUGGCGGCUCCGCUGCAGCGGCGGCAGCAGCAGCGGCUUCAGGAGGCGCAGGCUCGGACAACUCCGUGGAGCACUCCGAUUACAGAGCCAAGCUGUCCCAGAUCAGACAGAUCUACCACACAGAGCUGGAGAAGUAUGAGCAGGCGUGCAACGAGUUUACCACCCACGUGAUGAACCUGCUGCGGGAGCAGAGCCGGACCAGGCCCAUCUCCCCCAAGGAGAUCGAGCGCAUGGUCAGCAUCAUCCACCGCAAGUUCAGCUCCAUCCAGAUGCAGCUCAAGCAGAGCACGUGCGAAGCCGUCAUGAUCCUUCGCUCCCGGUUUCUGGACGCACGGCGGAAGAGACGGAAUUUCAACAAGCAAGCAACGGAAAUCCUGAAUGAAUAUUUCUAUUCCCAUCUCAGCAACCCUUACCCCAGUGAGGAAGCCAAAGAGGAGUUAGCCAAGAAGUGUGGCAUCACAGUGUCCCAGGUAUCAAACUGGUUUGGAAAUAAGCGAAUCCGGUACAAGAAGAACAUAGGUAAAUUUCAAGAGGAAGCCAAUAUUUAUGCUGCCAAAACAGCUGUCACUGCUACCAAUGUGUCAGCCCAUGGAAGCCAAGCUAACUCACCCUCGACUCCUAACUCAGCUGGUUCUUCCAGUUCUUUUAACAUGUCAAACUCUGGAGAUUUGUUCAUGGGCGUGCAGUCACUCAAUGGGGACUCUUACCAAGGGGCCCAGGUUGGAGCCAACGUGCAGUCACAGGUGGAUACCCUUCGCCAUGUUAUCAGCCAGACAGGAGGAUACAGUGACGGACUCGCAGCCAGUCAGAUGUACAGUCCGCAGGGCAUCAGUGCUAAUGGAGGUUGGCAGGAUGCUACUACCCCUUCAUCAGUGACCUCCCCUACAGAAGGCCCUGGCAGUGUUCACUCUGAUACCUCCAACUGAUCUCCUAGCAAUCGCAUCCCGGCUGACCCUGUGUCCCAGUCGGGACAGGGCCAGGAGGGAGGGUUUCUCUCCCAUCGCUGAAGCGGUCAGACUGGAGGUCGAAGCAAUCAGCAAACACAAUAAGAGUCUCCUUCUCUUCUCUUCUUUGGGAUGCUAUUUCAGCCAAUCUGGACACUUCUUUAUACUCUCUUCCCUUUUUUUUCUGGGUAGAAGCCACCCUUCCCUGCCUCCAGCUGUCAGCCUGGUGUCCGCCAUCUUUCCCGCCCCCUCCCUCUGUCCUAGACUCCCUGGGUCCCUGCCCUCUAUUACAUCACGGAAGGAUAUUUUCAACAAUUAGAGGAAUUUAAAGAGGAAAGACAAUACAAAGAAAAUAAUAAACGUGUUUGUAUGUUUUCA